AAUCUAGGCAAAUAUGUGUACCGCUGCCCUGAGUCUGUAAAAAAGUGGCUUCAACAGAUAAAGGAUGCUGGGAAAAUUACUAUGUUGAUCACUAGUUCUCACAGUGAUUACUGUAAACUUCUUGGCAGUUACAUCCUCGGGAAAGACUUUGCAGACCUUUUUGACAUUGUGAUUACAAACGCAUUAAAGCCAGGAUUCUUCUCACAUUUCCCAAACCAGAGGUCUUUCUACACGCUCGAGAAUGAUGAGGAGAAGGAUGAACUGCCAUCUCUGGAUAAGCCCGGCUGGUACUCCCAAGGGAACGCUGUCCACCUUUAUGAGCUUCUGAAGAAAAUGACCAGCAAGCCUGAACCAAAGGUGGUUUACUUUGGUGACAGCAUGCAUUCAGACAUUUUCCCAGCCCAUCACUAUACUAACUGGGAGACAGUCCUUAUUCUUGAGGAGCUUCAGGGGCAAGAAAUGGAGAAGCCUGAGGAAGCAGAGCCUCUGGAGAAAAGAGGAAAAUAUGAGGGACCAAAGGUAAAGCCCUUAAAUUGCUUAUCUAAUAAAUGGGGCUCAUACUUUAUCGACUCAGUCUCGAGACGGGGAAAUGCAGAAGACUCCUUGGUUUAUACCUGGUCCUCUAAGAGAAUCAGCACCUACAGUACGAUUGCAAUCCCAAACAUUGAAUCUAUUGCAGAGUUACCCCUGGACUACAAAUUUACGAGAUUCUCUGCAAACAAUUCAAAAACAUCUGGUUACUAUCCCUUGGUCCAUUAUACCUUGGCUUCUCAAAACACAGACAGCAAAAUAAUCUCUACUUAAAAAUGAACCAACCAUAUGUACAGUAGACAUACUGUUUAAAAAAGUUAAUUUUCCACAGCAAUGCAGAUGUUUUAUAAGAACAAUUUUUCAAUGAAAAUUGACCAAAUGGAUAUUUGUCAAUAUGUCUUUUUAAAAUAUAAGUAAUUUUAUAUAAAUCAUUUUAAUGUUUAACAGUUCUUGUUAUAGUAAUAUUUUUAGUAUCCUAGACUAAAAGAGGACAUGACGUAUUUUCUAUACUGGUAGUUUUGAGGAUUCUCCCAAGAUGAUCAUUGUACAUUAUCAAUACAUGCAAGUGUGUAUUUGUACAUCUACCUGGUUCAGCAGUUUCCUAAACCUGAUCCUCAGACUAAUAGCAGAGCAACACAGAACUGGAAAAUGCAAAUCUGAAUGCUUCAUUCCAAACCUUCUGAAACAGAAACUUUGGGAGUGACGUCAACAAUGACUUUUAAGCAAGCUCUCCAUAAAUCUGAUGCUGUAUUAUAAUUUGAGACCUAGUAAGUAAACCCUGUGAUGAGUCUUCAUACUUUUAAUUGAAAGUGUAAGCUGAAUUGAUAACACCAGAGGCUAGGGAAAAUAGGUCACUGUUCCAAGUUAUUAGGCUUUUUGCUAGUUCCUUUUCCCCCAUAACACAUAAAGAAACAUGAUUUCUUAAGAUAACAUAACCCCAUUUUUUAGUUAAAUUUAUACCUAUUAAACUUAAGUUCCAGCUUUGUCCAGGGGAAGGGAGCAGAAAGAAGCACUCGACAAUUGUAUAGGUACACGUCAGGUCAAAAGAUGUUGUGUUCCGUGAGGUUUUGAUUAGUUAACAUGUGCACCAGACCAUGUUUACACAAGAUGUUUAGAUUCAGUUGAUGUUUAUAAGUCCCUGGGUCUUCUUCUGCCUAUUAACUUCACUGUCCAUAGUGGACAGGAUUAGAAAACUUUAUCAUCUUUUUCUUGGAACUUAGCAUAUGAAAAACUAUUUUCUUAAAAUUUACAAAUAUUCCAAUAAAUCCCAACUGUACUAUGAGGAUGUAUUUCUCAGGGUAAUUAAAAAGGAUACAGAACUUAUUUCUUUAUUUUCAGUAUCUUUGAUGUUGAUUAAUCAGAAUACAUAUACAGAGAUAUAUUUGAUACCCAAAAUGUCAUUAGAGUGUUAUGAUGAGCACACACAAUCAACUUAGGGCCAAAUAAAAGAUAACUAUCGUAUGCUUUAAGUAGAGAUUUCACUUUGCUUUAAAAUAAAGUUAUUUUUCCCUAUA